CCGGCCCCCGCCUCCCACGGUCCAUGCUACCCCGCGAGGGCGACAACAACAACCCCACCACUCACCCCCACACCCAAAAUACCAAUCGCCUACAAAUACCUUGCACCCACCUCCCAGAUGACAGAAUAAAGGACACAUCAACGAACAAGUUGGUCUUCCCACCCCCCCUCCUCCCCUCCCUACUCCCGCUCCUUCUGUACUCUCUGCCCUAUCCACUCUCCACUCCGUCUACUCUCCUGCCCACCUCCUAUCCCCUUUAUCCACCUCUGCAAUGAACGCGUCUUUCGUCAACGCCACCCUCGCUACACGGCGGGGCGUCUCCCGCCUUUGGCAGGGCUACCUCAACCAGCUCGCGACUCGCCCUCUCCGCACCAAGAUGGUCACCUCGGGCACCAUGUUCUUCAUUGGUGAUGCCAUUGCUCAGUUCGGCAUCGAGGGGCGCAGUCUUGGCCCCGACGCUGUUCCGCAGCCCAAGGGUUACGAGCCCGUUGCCGACGAUGUCGUGCUUCAAUACAACCCUACUCGUGCUGCCCGCCAGGCAGUGUACGGCGCACUUGUACUCGCGCCGCUCGCUCACAACUGGCUCGCCCGCCUUGACAAGGUCCAGUUCACCAACAAGUGGGCCACUCUCGGCGCCAAGGUCAGUCUCGACCAGCUCGUUUGGGGGCCUUUCAUCGUCACCACCUUCUGGAGUUGGACAGGCAUGAUGGAGGGCAAGACCGGUGACCAGGUCGCCGAGCUUGUCCACUUCGCCUUCCCUGGCGCAUAUUCGAAGUGUGUGGCCGUGUUCGCACCCACCCAGAUCGUCAAUUUCCUUUGGGUUCCCCUCCACCACCGCCUACUGGUGCACCAGACCGUCGGACUCGGCUGGAACAUCUUCCUCUCGUACAUGACGAACAAGAACAACACGCUCCUCGCAGCGGCCAAGGCCGACCUUGACCGGGCGCAGAAGGCCGAGGCGGCCGUUGAGCCCAUCCACGACAAGGCGCACGACGACGAGCGUGCCCUCGCCCACGCCAAGGUCGAGGACGCCGCCAAGGUUCUCGCCGCUGUCCAGGAGGAGCGCAAGCGUCUCCGCGACCUCGAGGGCGGUGGUGCCACUGGUGCCGGUACCCGUAUGUAGCUUUUCAACAGUCUUCAGAGACACCACCUGUAGUUUGUAGGGCAGUAGGGCGGAGCGUGGACAUCACAAAAGCUCUCGGUUGUACAUAAAUGCAUUCGUACACACAAUAGAGU